AGGUGAAUCAAUGACAGUUGCUGGACGGUCAGAGCGUGUGCAGUAGGCGAUCGGAGAUUGGUGAGCGGCUUCUGGAAUGUGGUCAUUAAUGGAUGAGUCAGGCAGGUGAGAUCACCGGAGACCUUCCAUCUCCUCACCUCUCUAUUACUUUCUAUCCAAUUAAAUUUCAAAGUGUUUGUCGACUUUUUAUGGAUCUGAGAUUCUGGCUGGAACCCGACAGACAGGUAGAUGUGAAUCUCUACAACCAGUUCUCUCCAUGGAGGGGGGAGGAGAACCGUCCAUGCGGAAGGAUCGAAGAGACGGAUCGAAGAGACCGAGUACAACGAAGGCUGGGAGAUCAGACUACAUAGCGACUGGCAGCUCCGGGAGGGAGGAUGUGGUGACGGCAAUCAGAUCCUGAAUCUGCAUCCCCCACCAAGAUGAGUCUCCUGGUGAUGUUGCUGUGGGUGGGAUGUACCAUCAUCCAGUCUGUGGGGGCCCCAGUGUCCACCUAUCUGUACGGCUCGGUCCAGCUGCCGUGCUCGUUCCCCUUUGUAAAAGAACCGGAGGGCCUGACGGUGGUUUGGCAAAAAGUAGAAUCUGAUGGAAGCAAAUUGCUGGUUUAUAAGCUCAUGUACGGCAAAGACCUCCUCAGUGACCAGGAUCCGCAGUUCAAAGGGCGCGUGGAACUCUCCAAAAAGUUCUCGCUGGGGAACCUGAACCUGACGCUGAGAACCGUGACCUUCCAGGACGAGGGGACGUAUCUCUGCAAGGCCGCCCAUGAGAAGGAUGACGGAGAAGUGUCGGUGGAGCUGGCUAUCAGUGGUUUAAAUGUAACGGACCCCGCCGUUAUCUUCACCUACAUAGGCGGGGAUCAGUACCUGCGCUGCCUGAGCUCCGGGGUGUUCCGGGACCUGCAGGUCAGCUGGUAUGAUCUCCAUAAAAUAGACUUAUCCCGCAACGCCACCAGAAGCGUCACAGAUCUCGGAGACGGGAGGAAGAUGGUGGAAUCUGUUCUGACGAUGGAAAUGAUGCCAAACGUUGCCUACUUCUGUCAGAUCCGGGAAGGGAGGCUGCAAAGAACCGUCCGCGCUGUGGUCUCAGAUGGAAAUACGCCAAUCGCUAUUAUUGAAAACUCCGCCACCUGGACCACAGCCUGGAAAAUUAUCCCGGUGCUCCUCACCUGCACCGCCAUCAGGAUCUGCAUUGUGUGAUCACCGGACAUUACAAUACUUCACAUUGUCCGCAGGAUUACAUUGUAUUGCCACUUUUGCCGCCAUAUUGGGAUAACACCUCCUUCGUAUUUGGUACAUGCCCCCAUACAUUUAAUGCUUGUAAAUAUCAUGUAGCAAGGAACACGCCAUUCUUAUAUUUAAUCAAAUAUUUGCUUAGCUUUAAGGACAGAUCUAGUCCACCAAGGUAGGCUCGUGCCAUCCCUGAAUCGCGUUUUGCAUGACGCAGUGACGUAUCCCAUAAAGGGCGGAGCUUGUAUGCUUACCCACGCCAGUCCAUGCUGGUGCAGGUGUUUUGAGGAGAAAUUCCCUC